GGGGUCAUACAAUAAAAAUUGUGUUUCUUUUUUGCCCUAAACCAAAAAUUUCAUCUCUCUUUUCCCUCUUCCCGUCUCUAUCUCUCUGGUGAGUUUUUCUUCUCUCCUUUCUCCAAUUCGUAUUUUCUCUCAGAUUCUUCAAUUGUACGUUGAUUAAUCUUCUGAAAUUCGAUUAUUUAUCGCACCCAAUUUAUACGCGGUUUUGGAUUCUGGGGGAAAAAAUGAGUUUUUUGGUUUCGGUCGGUUUAUCAUUGUCUUAUUCGGUGCCUCUUCUCCCGUAGAAUGGGAAGGUCGCCAUCGCCACGUCGUGUUGCAUUUCUUUUCGGGAGAAAUUUAUGCCAUUGAUUUUAGCUCUUUUAGGCUUUUUCUUAGUUUUUGGGAAAAUUCUUGUGGUGGGUCCUUUGCAAAUCUGGGGAUUCAAUCUCUUUUUUUUUCAUUGUUCCAUAGGUUUUUGAGGAUACAAAAUUUCAUUGUUCAUAGGUUUUUCUCAUGAUUUCUGGGGGAAGAGAAUAAAUAAUUCCAUCUAUAAAAAUCAUCUUUUUUUCAUUGUUGGAGGUGGGAUCCUCAUAUGAUUUUAGAGAUCAAAUAAUAGAAGAGAAGAGAAAAGCUUGUUUCUUUUCCCCUUUGUGUCAACAUCAUACGAAAUCGUUUCUUUUAGUAUCAAGCUUCAAAGAGAUGUUUUGACUUGAAACGAUUGUUGUCUUGCAGAGAAGCGUUUUUUCGGUGGAGAGAAAGAGAGAUUUGACUCUGUCAAGUUAUUAGUACAUUGAGGUCGGGCUGUCAAAACUUGACAGCCCGAGUUUGAAGCUUCCAGGACUCUUUUUCUAUUAAUGAGAUUGGUAUGCUAGAUUUGGAGUGUAUUGGAUUAGAUUGUGGCGAUCAUGGGUUCUUUGUCUGGGAUCAUUCAACGGCCACUUGUUGCUGCUGCUGCUGUGAUUACAGCUUCUGUGUCUGCAGAUGUCUCUGAGAGGUUCUCAUCUCUUAGAUCACUAGUUCGAGGUUCUGAAUCAGAGCAGAUUGCUCCUUCAGUGUCUGGUUUAGUUCAGGAAGAAAGGUCCUUGUGGGUUUCUCAAGUCUCGGCCUCCAAGCUUGCAGAUUUAUCUUUUGUGUCGAGGAUUUGUGUUCCUGUACCAAAUGUUGAUCUCCUAGCUUCUAAUCCUAGCUGUAGUCUCGCUACUUCUGUUACUUCUCUGUCCGCUCUUCGUAGUGUUUAUCAGUCUGCAGAGUUGGCUAAAGCAUCGAAACCGGUUGCAUUCACAAUCGGUGCCUCACUUGUGGUUCCUGAUAUUUCCUACAGAUGGCAUUUACCUGAGCCUAGUGCAGUCGAUAUGUCUGGUUCUUCGAGUUGUGUGUCUGAAAAGAAUAGAACUGUUGUGGUUUUGCUUGGAUGGCUUGGAUCAAAGCAGAAGCAUCUGAAGAAAUAUGCUGAUUGGUACACUUCAAAGGGUUACCAUGUCAUUACAUUUACUCUUCCGAUGAAUGAGAUUAUGAGUUAUCAAGUUGGAGGGAAAGCAGAGAAGAACAUCGAGUCGCUGGUUAAUCACUUGGCUGAUUGGUUGGAUGAAGAGCAAAAGAAAAAUCUCGUCUUUCACACCUUCAGCAACACCGGGUGGUUAACAUAUGGAGCCAUUUUGGAAAAGUUUCAGAAGCAAGAUUCAUCAUUGAUGGGAAGAGUUAAAGGUUGCAUAGUGGACUCAGCUCCUGUUGCUGCUGCAGAUCCUACGGUAUGGGCAUCAGGUUUCUCAGCUGCGUUCUUGAAGAAAAGCAGUGUAGCCACUAAAGGAUCUGCGAGCUCAUCAUAUGAGUCAAACGGUAUAAACAUCUCCCAGCCUAAACCCGCUGCAACAGAAACAGCUUUGCUUUUGGUUCUUGAAAAGUUCUUUGCGGUGAUUCUAAAUCUUCCCAAAGUAAACAGGAGACUUGCCGAUGUUCUUGACACAUUAUCAACAGCACAACCAAGUUGUCCACAGUUAUACAUUUACAGCUCUGCAGACAGAGUUAUACCGGUGGAACAAGUUGAAUCAUUCAUUGUAGAGCAGAGGAAAGCAGGACAUGAGGUCCGUGCUUGCAACUUCAUAUCUUCACCUCAUGUAGACCAUUUCCGGAGUAACCCAGAACUGUAUACAGCUGAGCUCAACCAUUUCAUGAACAACUUUGUCCUUUCUUGCUGCCACCAUUCUUCAUAGCGACUUCCACAAGUGUUGUUGUUGCUAACCAUUUUUGGGGUCCUUUUAACUCUUAUACAAGAAAGAGAAAAAUAGUUACUGAUUGAUGAUUCUUUUUGGUUUGGAUUGGUUUAUAGAUUCAAAUUCAUUAUUCCUUUGUAAAUUGUUGGAUAUUGUACAUUUAGGAGAAUGAAGAUUCAAGAAAGUGACGUCCUUGUCCUUUGUAGUGGAGAUUUGGAUCUUAUGGUUGUCUUUUGUUAUUUGUUCAAAGAGGGUUGUUAAGAACCCAAUCAUAAAGUUUUUGGCAAUUCUCAUAAUUUUUAGAAGUAUGAGGGAUC